CACAUUUCAGCUCCUUUUUUUUUUCUUUAACUUGGGAAUGUCUUCCAUCGGACACUGACCGAGAGUAACAGCUACUGCCUGACAAAAUGCGCUCCACGCUGGUGUGUAGUUUGCUCAUCCUUGCCGCCGCCGGUGCCUCGAUGGCCUCGAUGGUCUUCCGUUGCCCGGUCUGCACCGCGGAACGCCUCGAGCUGUGCCCGGAGCCCGCGGAGCCCUGCGCUGAGAUGGUGCGCGAACCCGGCUGCGGCUGCUGCCCCGUGUGUGCCCGGCAGGACGGCGAGGCGUGCGGCGUCUACACCCCGAGAUGCGCCACCGGGUUCAGGUGCUACCCGGCGCCCGAUUCAGAGCUUCCUCUGGAACAGCUGGUGCAGGGUCAGGGCCAAUGCCGGCACAGAGUGGACCCAGAAUCCAGCAGCAGCAACGUGGAGCAGCGGGAGGAAAACAGCGGUGUGACUGUGGAGCAGCUGCCAGUUGAAGGUGUCAGUGACAUUCCGCUGAUCCACAAGCCGAGCAAAGACCACACCUGGCUGAGUCCCAAAGAGAGCGCUGUCCGUCAGCACCGGCAAGAGAUGAAGACAAAAAUGAAGACAAACAAGGUUGAGGAGGUGAAACCUACGCGACUCAAACAAACUCAGUGUCAGCAAGAACUGGACCAAGUCCUGGAGCGCAUAUCCAAGAUGCCCUUCAGAGAUAAUCGAGAUCCGUUGGAAGAUUUGUACGCCCUGCACAUUCCCAACUGUGACAAAAGGGGGCAGUAUAACCUCAAACAGUGCAAGAUGUCCCUUUAUGGUCAACGGGGUGAAUGUUGGUGCGUCGACCCCCACACCGGUCGUCAAAUCCCCUCAUCGCCGACUGUGAGGGGCGACCCCAACUGUAGCCAGUACCUGAGAGAGCUGGAGCUGCCGGACAUGGUCCAGAUUUAGAUCAUCAGAGAGCUGAAUUGUGACCGAAAAGAACAGCUGAGUUAAGCUAAACAUGAUCUGCCUGUGUGUAUGUGUGUGUGUGACUCAAGAGUGGUCAUUUAAAAAAAUGAUAGAAUCCAGUUUGCUGUGUAGAAUAAGCUUUGGAUUGUUUUGAAACGACAUGCUACAGGAGGUGAAUGUUCCUAGCGUUACUAACAGAGACAGCAGUGUGUUUUGUGAAGUAGAAUGGCUUGCAUACAUGCUUGUGUUAGGGGUGUUUUCCUGUCCUGACUACUUUAACGCCUGUUAAACUAUGAGCUAAAGAAAUGUUAUAUUGUCAGUAGAGUCCAAACAAAUAUGUGUCGAGCAUCUGAGCACAGUUUUAGACCGAAUCAACUAUUAAAGGGA